AGACCCGCCGCCUCCCUUCCUCGCUCGCUGACUUGCUCCCUCCCGGGCUGCGGCGGCUGCAACCGCGGCGGUGGCGGCGGCGGCGGCAGCAGCAGCAGCCGGAGCAGUCUGGAGGCCGGCGUCGAGGAUUUGCUGCUGUCUUCAGCGCCGUUCCAUCCUUCCCUCAGAGGCCCUCUCCCCUCUCCUGUCUCAAGAUGGCAGCUAGCAGCUCUGAGGUCUCUGAGAUUAAGGGGGUAGAGGAGGGUCCCCAGACCCAGGGAGAAGGGCCUGGCCAUUCUGAAGGCCAAACUGGCUCUCCCCGGGUCCCAGCUGGGGUCUCAGAUGAGCCAGAGACCCUGCAGCCAGCCCCAGACGUCAUGGGGGCCCCUGUGGACUCAGAACCCAAGGUUGGGCUGGCUCCAGAAACCACAGAGACCCCAACGGGGGUCCCUGAAGCAGCUGAGGCCAGAAACCUCAGCUCAAGCCCAGGAGGGGAAGCAAAGGCCAACUCCAGCACUGAAGAAACAUGCCAAGAGCUAGCAUCCAAACCCGAAGUGAGGAAAGAGGCCACUGCAGACCCGGAAUCCAACCUGGAAUCCGCAGCCCCGCUUGAGCCAGCCUCAGAGCCUGCCCCCCAGCCAGAACCCCAGCCAGCUUCCCAGUCCACUUCCACACCAGCCCUUCAGCCAGAGCCCCCUACCCAGGAGGAGCCCACCUCUGAGAUCCUGAGCGAGAGCAUGGGAGAAAAGCAGGAGAAUGGGGCAGUGGUUCCACUGCAGGCUGGUGAUGGCAAUGGGGAAGAGGGUCUAGCCCCCCAGCCUCACUCACCACCCUCCACAAAGACCCCCCCAGCCAAUGGGGCCCCACCCCGUGUGCUGCAGCAGCUGGUGGAGGAGGAUCGACUAGGAAAGGCUCACAGUGGGCAUUCAGGAUCUCCCCGAGGAAGCCUGAGCCGCCACCCUAGCUCCCAGCUCGCAGGAUCUGGGGUAGAGGGGGGUGAAGGCACCCAGAAACCUCGAGACUACAUCAUCCUCGCCAUCCUGUCCUGCUUCUGCCCCAUGUGGCCUGUCAACAUCGUGGCCUUCGCUUAUGCCGUCAUGUCCCGAAACAGCUUGCAACAGGGGGACGUGGAUGGGGCCCAGCGUCUGGGUCGCGUGGCCAAGCUCUUAAGCAUCGUGGCACUGGUAGGGGGGAUCCUCAUCAUUAUCGCCUCCUGCGUCAUCAACUUAGGCGGUGAGUGGGGGUCUGGGACAGUGGGAGGAAUGGAAGGGUUGGCAAGGGCGGCUUUACUAACCCCUGCCCCUGCUCUCUCCUGUCUGUCCUCCCUACUUCUUUGUCUCUCCUUGUCUCCCCCACCCCCCUGCCCCACCGUCUCUGUCUGUCCCUCCCUCUCCUCUCCCACAGUGUAUAAGUGAGGGGCUCUGCCCUGCAUUCCAAGACUUUUUCUCCUGUUGGGAGCUGCCUUGGGCCCAUCCUCCCCUGGGGGGAGCCCAAUCCAUGGCCCAGGCCCGCACCCAUAGGGACCAAGGGAGCCUGAGCGGCCUUGUUUACAGCUUCUUUCCUGCUCCUGCAUCCUGCCAGGCUCCUCUGCCAACCGUAGGCCUCCCUUCUCCCUGCACUGUUAACAACCUCCCUGCACUUCUGCCUGCACCCCCUCCAGCCUCUCGGCUUCCCUAUCCUUGCACUUCCUGCACUUUUGGAAUCCUCCCUAAACAUCUCCCCAUCUUUCUGUGCUCUCAGCCUCCCUGCAUCUCUCCCCACCUUCCUGCACUACAACCCCCCCAAAUUUCCUGCACCUCGAUCCUGGUCUCCCUUUCCCAACAUUCAUUGUCUCAGCUUCCUCCCCCCAUCCCUUUCUUCCUCCCCACCUUAUUCACCGCCACUUCCCUCCCCACACCCUCCGCCCCCUUCCUCUUCCUGCCUCCUCAUCUCCCUCCUGCAUCCUCUCCUCCACCCUCCUACAAAAACUCCAGCACUUAGAUCAGGCUGGGGGAGGGGAGUGGUGUUAGGAGAGGGCUCUCGCCCGGGCUCCGACUGUUCUCUGUUGGGACCACCCAGGUCCGGACGACCCCCAGGGUGCCUCGGGGUCUCAGAGCUGGCAAGCCAGGCCUCGUUUGGAGACAUGCAGGGGUGGCGUGUUCCGAACACACACCUGGGAGAACGGAGGGGCACGGCUGUUGACCCUCCCUGGUCAGCCUGAGUUGACCUGCCCCAUCUGGGCUUUUUAACCCAGUCAGCGAACUCGUCGGAGCUGGGGUCAUUCACGUACUUUGUAAGAAAAAGAAUCCCCCAAACAGGACCAAAGCUCCCAGCUGCAGGGAGCAAGGGAAGGGCGGAGAGGUGUAUUAUUAUUUUCUAAGAGGACGAGAGAGGUUUGUUGCACGCGACAGUCCGCUGGGGAGGCGGGGACCGAGCCAAAACACGGUUCGGAGUUGGCGGGGUUUUUUUUUUUCCCCCUAAAAAAAGUGUAGGGAAAAAAACCUAAAAGUCUAAAAACAAACAAAAAAAAGGAUACAUCAAACUGAUUCUCCCUUUUUGUAUGCCGAUGCUGCAUGGAUCUGAGACACCAAUAAACGGAGACUGCAUGAGACUCA